GAAGGGGUGUAGUGGAACAGAACUAAUGAAGAGAAUGUAAUGUAGUUAGGCCUUGACUGGCCUUACACUCCAGUACAGUAGCUGGCGAUGUAUGCACCUUGAAGGUAGAAUGCGACCCGCCAACCCAAUUCCAACGAAGAAGAAGGUGAAGAUUUCUGAUAGGAGCUCAUUGCGAAACAUUUGUCCAACAACAUCCAGGUUGGGUAGUUCAAUUGUAUAUUUGGUUAUUCUUUCUAGUCUAAAUAAUUGAGCAAUUCUGUUUUCGAUUUUUCAUUAAAACAUUUUCUUGCUAGCUACAUUACUUUUCAACACGACAUUAUAACGUUGUUGUCACACGUGGAUACUACUGCCGUGAGUUAGCUCAUUUGCUAAUUCCUAGCUUGGCUACCAUUUGUUACCAAGGAUAUUUUCGUUUUCAUAGAAGGUUAGCUUUUUGCGUUAGACACGAUCGUUCAUGUGAACGUAUAGUGUGAGAUUCGAUGCCUCCUGCAAGCAAACGGGCGAGAAAAGAGGACUCACUGCUGGAGUUGGCGUGUGAGUGGGGGUCCUGCCAAGAGUCGUUCGAUCGGAUGCAGGAGUUCUGCGAGCAUGUGGAGGGUCACCUCAAGGCGCUGGACAUAGAGGACGGGGGAAAUUACUCAUUUGAGGAGCACAGCUGUCUAUGGAAAGAUUGUGGGUUCUGCUCUGUGGAGAGUGCCGAGGAGUUUAAGCGCCACGUCUAUUUCCACUGUUACCACACCAAGCUGAAGCAGUGGGGUCAGGGGGUACUCAAGGCCCAGCCCAGCAUCGGCACCUGCACCAUUGGCCUCCACAACCGCAACAUCGUGCCUGACAUCACAGACAACUUCAUCUGCCAGUGGGAGCAAUGUGAGCAACCCUCCCUUGCCAACCCAGAGUGGUUCUACCGCCAUGUGGAGAUGCACAGUAUGUGUAUGGAUGUACCCUCUACUGAUAAGGAGCUCUUGGUGCACUGUGGCUGGAAGGACUGCGAGGCCACUUUUAAAGGGCGUUUUAAGCUGCGGGAACACCUGCGGAGCCACACUGGGGAGAAGGUGGUGGCCUGCCCAAUCUGUGGAGGGAUGUUUGCCAACAACACCAAGUUCUUUGACCACAUCAGACGGCAGACCACCAUCGAGGGUCAGAGGUUCCAGUGCUCCCACUGCUCCAAACGCUUUGCAACAGAGAGACUACUGAGGGACCACAUGAGGAAUCAUGUAAAUCACUACAAGUGUCCAUUGUGUGACAUGACCUGCCCAUCCCCCUCAUCACUGCGGAACCACAUAAAGUUCCGCCAUAGCAACGAGAAGCCUUACAGCUGUGAAUACUGCGAGUACAGCUGUAAGAACCUGAUCGACCUUCGUAAACACCUAGACACCCACAGCACUGAGCCGGCCUACCGCUGUGACUUCACCAACUGUGACUACACCACACGCUCACUGCACUCCAUCAAGAACCACUACAAGAAAGUACAUGAGGGAGAUUUUGUGGCUCGCUACAAGUGUCAUGUCUGUGAGCAGUGCUUCACGAGGGGAAACAACCUCACUGCCCACCUCCGCAAGAAGCACCAGUUCAAAUGGCCCCCUGGACACCCCCGAUUCAGGUAUAGGGAGCAUGAGGAUGGCUUCAUGCGUCUGCAGCUGAUCCGCUAUGAGAGUGUGGAGCUGACCGAGCAACUGAUGAGAGAGAGACCGGAGGGCCACGAGGGGGAGGGGGAGGAUGCUGCCCGGACAGAUAUCCUGGGGCCUGGGGAGGAUGCCAGGGUAGUAGCACACUCCACGGAGGUACAGGUGGAGCUGAGAGGGGUGCUGUUGGAGGGGGAGCAGGAGGAGGGUGUGUUCUAUGAUUUGACUGGGGGGGACUCGUCUCAGGUAGGGGAGGACACUGUGAUCCUGCAGCUACAGGACACUGCUCAGCAGCUGGUCAUGCAGGUGGUAUAACCACUACAACCCCUCACAUAGACAUGCUGCUCAUCUAAUCGCUUGUUCCUCUGAGAUACUGAGCAGUGACACAGCACAGAGGCACCAGGACUAAGGGAAGGAUGGGAGAGCUUUACCGUUUUUUUUAGCAUGCCUGUCUACUGAGUAUGAGGAGGGAGAACUCUUCAAGGAUUCACAUAGUAUUGAUUGAAGUGAACAGUGGCUCCUAAAUAUUGGAAUUUAACCAGCAGGACUGGCCUUACCUGCCCUCACUGCAGGGCCCACACUCCUCAUAGCACUCUGUCAGAAGAUAUGGAGUUGAUAUUGUGGAUGUGAUUUCUUGGACUGAAGAGUUGUUUUCCAACGUCUGAUCCGCCAUUGUUGGAGACCAGGACAGUUGCUAUGUUUUGCAUUAUGAACAACUUUGAGCUGAGCUGAAUGUACUUCAUAGGUGUAUACUAUAAAGCAGGAUCAAUGAGUUAGCCAGCUGACUAAGUAGUCUUAUAUAACUUGUUAUAUUUUUGGGGGGUGUUGAAAUGUGUUGGUCUAAAGAAGUCAGCAUGCUUCAGUUCGGCUGGCACCUAUGAGUGUGCUCGCAUACACCCUUAAAUGACCUUUGCUUGAAAAGUUAGAAAAAAAGCGACAAUAGUACUGUUUGUCUAAUCAGAAUUAAUCUAAGAUGACUCAAGAAAUCUGUAAUUAAUCUUGAUGUUUUUGACGAAGAUAUCUUCGUCGUGCAAUUUUAUAUCUAAGAUAUUUGGUGAAGUAUUUUUCAAAGGAAAAAAUGUACUUGAAAAUGAGUCGUCUCUCGUUGAAUGACAACAGACUAUUCAAGAAUCCAUACUGUUGACCAGUCACAGACAAAGGGGUGUCAACUUCGGCUCCGAACUUCGGCUUGCCUCCAAAACGUCACAAAAUGUCAUCUUAAUAUAUGCAUAAACUCUGCCAAAUUGUUUUGGCUGGGAAGCAUGAGGACGCCUUUAAUUCAGUGUUUUCCAACUCCAGUCCUCGAAUACACCCAAACAACGCACAAUUUUGUUGCUCUGGAGAAUUUAAUCUAAUUCAACUCAUUGAGGGUUUGAUGAUUAGUUGAAUCGGGUGUGCUUGUCCAGGGCUACAACAAAAAUGUGUUGAAUACAAUUGAUUCAAGUUAAAAAUAAAAUAAGCAGAAAAUGAAUAGUUAUUGCUGGUUGUUUAUCUAAGUUAGCUGGCUAACUCAUUGACCCUGAUUUUAUUAUACCCCUCAGCUGUUUGAUUUGACAUUUUGUUUUUUGGUCCUGGGCAAUAAACAGAUUGUGCUUUUUA